UUAUCUGUUGAGGCAAAACUCGAGCCUGCAACGUCCCAACUACUGGCCAAUAAUCAACAGCCCCCAUACUCACCCCCUAUUGUUAUGCUAUCUCUAAGCCACGAUGGUUAAAACCUUGGUCGACCUGUGUACCGCGGUGUGCGUCAGAAAUGUUCGAGAUAUCAACGACAUAGGCGGCGCCCCGUACUCCCUACUCCGCCCGAUCCUCCUUAAAAUCGACAAUGCGGCACAGUUGCGCGAGCUGGAGGAGAGGUCGCCACAUCUCCGGGAAGAUGACGCAGAGUGCUGGCACCGUCUCAUCAAGCGCGACUUCCCCAUCGAAUCCGAGAGACGCAAGUUCCAAGCCCCGGACCCUGCAUCAUGGCACGAGGUCUACGACAGAUAUGAGAAGCUAGUUGCCGAUAGUAGGCGAGAGGCUGCAGAGAAGCUCCAGAACAGCUUCAAGAAUAUCGAGAAGGAAAAAGCGCAGAACGUCAGCUCUGUUGUCAAUUUCAACCCCAGGCAGUUGCGUGCCCCCAAAGACGGGAGAGGAUUCGGUCGCGGAGGGCCUGCACGAGACGCUCCCAGCGGCGUACUCCGCUUCACCGGCGGGUCGCGAACCAAGACCAAUACCGCCCAGAACAUCUUGAAGAAGGCCAGACGAGAGGCGAUGGAGAUUAGCCGCCGAAACCAUCUUUCGACGCCGACCGGCAAAUUGCCCGUCAGGCCAGGACAGAUCACGCAUGCUCCGUUAGGCAUGGUGGAGGAAUAUAGAAUUAAGGCCCUGCCUGCGGUGAAGAAGAUCCACGCGCCCCAGCCGCGCCGCGGGGGUCAGUCCGACUAUACGCAGAAAGAGCAAGAAGCGAAACUGCUCCGUAUCAAGAACGGGACGGCGCCGCAAGGACCGAGCCUGGAUUUCACACCUGCCCAGACCACCACCUCCCCGCCGGCGCCCGCCCAGAACCAGAGCCUCUCACGCCCAUCAGCCUCGGCUACGUCGCCCAAGUCAAGCAUCGCUAUCAUGAAGCGAGCGAGGUCUUAUAAAACUGCAGAUAUUCAAGUCGUCCCCGUCGAGAAGGCCGCUCAGAAUACAUCUCUUAAACCAACAGCAUCUUCUCCAUCUAAGCAUGCCACAUCUCCAGGACCAUGGAACCGACCGAAGGAAUCCUCGUCACCUGGCUUUCCGACUCGAACCUUGGCUCCCAGUACAAGCGCUGAGUUUGAACCGGGUUCCAACGCCGGCCCCGGCGCGCCUUCCGAGUCCAGUCCCGAGCCUAAACAAACUACUGGGCGAAAGAGAAGGGAGCCGGUCAACAUCUUCGUGAAGCCUAAACAAAAGGUUCGACGCCUCUCGUGAGGAAUAUCCUCGUGCAAACUUGGCUAGCCGGGUUGCGUUGCGGUCACGACGCAAGAACACCGAGCAACAGAAACAGAAACCCACGAGGCUCUACCACCCCUCCCAUAUGUAUUUUCUCAACACCAGAACCACUAUCACGCCGCAACCGAGGAAGUGUAAUGUAGUCGUACGACCCUGGUUUACUACUACCACAAUUAUCGGACACCUCCUGUGCUCAUGCGUUUACGAGGAUACAGAACACUGAGGUCUUGAUUCGUAUAGUGCUUGGCUACGUUUUUUUUUUUUUUCGCAAUUCGUUUCUAUUUGCUUUCCACCCCCCCUCCAUCUAUCCUCUUCCCGUCCACCUCUCUCCC